AUGACGAGGGUAGGCCGUGAUUUUGGUGAUACGAUGCAAAAAGAUGCAGUCCCACCUGUCUCAGCUGAUGUGAUCUUUACUUCUAGCCGGUUUCCUACUUAUAAAAUUGGAGCAAACAAUCAGAUUGUGGAGGUGAAAGAGGAUCCCAAGGUGUUAUCCAUGAAAGAGGUGGUUGCGCGAGAGACUGCCCAGUUGCUGGAACAGCAAAAACGUCUCUCAGUUCGUGAUCUUGCCAGUAAAUUUGAGAGGGGUUUGGCUGCUGCUGCCAAGUUGUCUGAUGAGGCUAGACUCAGAGAGGCUGCUUCAUUGGAGAAACAUGUGCUUCUUAAGAAGCUUAGAGAUUCACUUGAAGCUCUGAGAGGGCGCGUGGCAGGUAAAAACAAGGAUGAUGUGGAGGAGGCUAUUGCUAUGGUUGAAGCUUUGGCGGUUCAAUUAACUCAAAGGGAAGGAGAACUAAUUCAAGAGAAGGCAGAAGUGAAAAAGCUUGCAAGUUUUCUGAAGCAGGCUUCAGAAGAUGCUAAGAAACUUGUUGAUGAAGAAAGAGCUUUUGCUCGAGCUGAAAUUGAGGAUGCCAGAGCAGCAGUUCAAAGAGUGGAAGAGGCUCUUCAGGAACAUGAACGGGUGUCUCGGGCUUCAGGGAAGCAGGACUUGGAAGAACUAAUGAAGGAGGUUCAAGAGGCUCGACGGAUCAAAAUGCUGCAUCAACCUAGCAAGGUUAUGGACAUGGAACAUGAGCUUCGAGCUUUAAGAAUUCAGCUUGCAGAAAAGUCUAAGCGUUCGCUUCUGCUCCAGAAAGAGCUGGCAACAAGCAAGAGGGUUAUCGAAAGCAUAUCACACUUAUAUGAAUUCGAUGGUCCUGAGGCUUUGGGUUCAUAUUUGCGUAUCCAACCUUGGUCUGAUGGAGCACCAGAACUCUCCGAAUGUUCAAUUCAGUGGUACCGAUUAGCACCUGAAGGUGGAAAAAAGGAGCUUAUUUCAGGUAUGUAG